AUGGCGGCGCUGGUGAAGUUUGAGGAGCGGGUUCCUUUGCCAGCAGACAGUGUGGCGGUGCAAUGUGACGAGAGAGUGGUCACCGUAGAGGUCGACCAGAACCUCCUAGGUAACGGUCAGCUGGCCAAUCCAUCAGAUGUGACUCUAGGAGGCUGCGCGGCACUGGACAUGACGGACAACGUAUUGGUGUUUCAGACGGAGUUGCAGGACUGUGGAAGCACAAUGGCGAUGACUGACGAAGUCCUUGUCUAUACCUUCUUCUUGAGCUACGUGCCGACGCCCAUUCGCCAAACCCUCAUCGUGAAGACCAACCCCGCUACGGUCGUCAUCGAAUGCCACUAUCCAAGGAGGCAGUUUGUGAGCAGCAGCGCUGUGAGGCCUACCUGGAAGACGUACGCCUCGAACAAGUUGGCAGAGCAGCAGCUGCGCUUCAGCCUGCGUCUCAUGACAGAUGACUGGCAAUCUGAGCGGUCUUAUAAUGUGUACUUCCUGAGUGAAAUGAUGCACAUCGAGGCGUCGGUCCUUCAAACCCACCACAUCCCUCUGAGGGUCUACAUCGACAGCUGUGUGGCCACCUCGGACCCUGACCCCAACUCUCAACCCAGCUAUACCUUCAUCAAUAACCACGGGUGUUUAAUUGAUGCUAAGGCGACGGGAAGCAAGUCCUACUUCAUGCAGAGGGCCAAUGAGAACGAACUGCAGCUCCAGCUGAAGGCCUUCAGGUUCCACCAGGAUCAUGACGACUCGCUCUACAUCACUUGUCAUCUGAAGGCAACGUCGGUCUCCGUCCCCAUCGACUCGGAACACAAAGCAUGCUCGUUCUUGAUCGAGGCCAACAGAUGGGUGGCGUCGGGUGGGGACAACGCGGUGUGUAGCUGCUGUGACAGCAGCUGCGGUGGUCAGAGGAGGAGGAGGAGGAGCCUCGCUGCACACACUGACGUGAAGUGGGAGGGGGAGGUUGCCCUGGGCCCGAUCCUGGUCCAGCAUAAGGAUCUGGAGGAACGGCUACUGCUGCCGGAGGUUCCCCCGGAGCCCGCCUCACUGGUCCAGACGAGUACAGCAGCAGCCUCCCCAUCAAUAGCCCUGCUGUGUGGAGCGGGGGCAGCACUGGGCCUGGUGUUGCUGGGCGUCAUCAGCACCUUCAUUUACAGACGGUUUUACAAACAGAGCGCACGUGGAGUAGGAGGAAAAACACCAGCCAUAUAUUACCACCUACAAGGCAAUGAGAGCAUCGACUAUCUGUCCGCGCUGGCUUCCUGGUACAUUCUGCGCGGGGUGUUUUAA